AUGCACAGGUGGGUGAGGCCCGAUGAUAAACAGAGGGUGUUUUUGAAUCUCACUUAUUCGUAUCUAAUUCAAGCUUGUGUGAUUAUAAUAGUUGAGAUGGAAUUUAGCAUCACAUCAAGAGAAACCAUUAAACCGUCAUUGCCCACUUCUAGAGAAUGCAAAACCCUAAAAUUAUGCUUGUUUGAUGUGUUUCAACUCAACACCUAUUUUCCAUUAAUCCUUUUUUACUGCAAAACCAACCUUCAGGGAUUCUCAGAUGUCUCAACUCAAUUGAAGAGAUCACUAUCUGAGGCACUGACUAUUUUCUACCCUCUUGGAGGUAGAAGAUGUGAUCACUUCUCCAUUGAUUGUAAUGAUGAAGGUGCAAUUUACAUGGAAGCUUCAGUGAAUACCAACAUGGAAGUGUUCUUAACACCACCCAAAUUGGAACUGCUAAACAAAUUACUUCCAUGUGAACCUAACAAGUGUCAUCCUCACCAAGAAGUCUUGCCCCAACUACUUGUUCAAGUAAAUCUUUUCCAAUGUGGAGGCAUAGCUAUUGGUUUGUGCAACCUCCACAUCCUCUUGGAUGCAUAUUCUUGCAGUGCCUUCUUGAAAACCUGGUUUGCCAUUUGCAAAGGGUCAAAGGAAGAAAUAUCAUGGCCAGAUUUCUUUUCUGCUUCCUCUUCCUUCCCUCCCAGAAACACCAUUGGUGUACGUGCUGGCAUGUUGAAUCUUAACAAACACUUGAAUAUAGAAGAAAACUGCACCACAAGAAGAUUCUUAUUUGAUUGCAAAGCCAUCAAUGAGUUAAAAUCCAUGUCAACAAGUGAUGAAACAAAACCUACAAGAUACCAAGUAGUAUCUUCAUUCAUAUGUAAACAUAUGAUUGUAGCAAUCAAGGAGAAAUCCUGUGACAAAACAAGACCAAUGGUUGCACUACAUGUUGUGGACAUGAGAAAAAGAAUGGGAGAGCCUUUCUCAAAAGGUGCUAUUGGAAAUUUGUUGUGGCCUGCAUUGAUUCUCUUUGAGGAUGUUAACAAGAACACUGAUGUUACAAAUUUGGUUAAAAUUCUAAAAGAAGGACUUGGAAAACUCACUAAGGAUUUGUUUCUAAAAUUACAGAAUGAUCCUAAUUUUUUGUGGAGUGAUGAGUGUGCAGAACUAAUGCUUGAAAGUAUAGCAGCAAAUAACCCAAUUUCUUUAGUGUUCACAAGUUGGGCUAAUAUGGGAUUCAAUGAGGUGGAUUUUGGUAGUGGAAAACCUUUGUGGCUAGCUCAAAGAGGAGGUACUAAAGAAACAAUUCCAAACACAGUGGUAUUGAUGGAAACAAGAGAGGGAAUAGAGGCAUGGAUCACAAUGGCAGAGAAACAUAUAACUCUCUUGGAAGAUGAUGUUGACUUCCUUCGUUUUGCAUUGCUUAAUCCUAGUAUUUCAUUUUAA